AUGGUGCAAGCCCUAGCCCGCAACGACGCCGCCGCCUCGAAGCAAAAGGAGAUUGAGCUUUUCGUGUACCAGCUAUCAAAUAACCUGAUAGAGGACGAAGACGAUACAUAUGUUGACGAGGAGGGCAAAUACACCAAGAUCAUGACGCACCCGACAGGACGCGCCUUCGUCCAAAACCUGCUCAGCGCCGCCGUCAACACCCUAUCGCUAGACCUGUGCGAGGCCCUUCUCGAUGCGGGCGCCGACCCAGACGCCAUCGUCGACUCCUGGAUGACGGGAUACCGGGAACGGCCCAUCCAGAUCAGCAUGGACUCCCGCAUCGCGAACACGGAGAUGCUCGAGCUCUUCAUCCACCACGGCGCCGUCGUCGACCUCACCACGCGAUGGGAGGAGCGCACGGCGCUGCACAAGGCGGCCCAGUACUCUACGGUCGAAGACGUCAAGAUCCUGGUGGAUGCCGGAGCCGACGUCAUGUUGGGCACGGAAUUCCGCUUCGGCAUGGGCUCCGUUCUCACGUGCGCGGCGCAGGGUGGCCGGUGGCGGGACCACGAGCUGGACGAGGACGAUGACGGCGGCGAGCCCAACGACCGACCAACGAUCAAGAAGACGUGCGUCAAGCAGUGCAGGACGGUGCCAAUCGUGAAGUAUCUCCUUCCGUUCUUUAGCCAGGAAGUCGACUACGACUUGAUCCACGGCGGGUUGGUGGCUGCAGCCUCGAGCAAGAGGACCGACCUAAUUCCUUUAUUUAUCGACGCUGGCGCCGACAGGGUGCAACGUCGGGUUCAAGGCCAAGGGCCGCCUUCUCCCCUCCACGUCGCCGCCUCCCACGGCGAAGAGCGCAUGGUGCAGCUACUGAUCGAAGGCGGGUCCCGCAUCGACGCCCGAGUCGCGCUAAGAACGGAGCACCACGCCGAGAUGCUCGGCAGCAUCUUCACCAGCCCGUACUCCGCCAUGCCCACCCUGCUCAAAGAAAUGGCCCACUGCACGUCUCCGCUGCAGCUCGCCCUCUAUCGAAACACGGGCGCCGAGUGGUCCGGCAACCAAAAGGGAACGGGUGCCGCCUUGGCCCUAAUCCGCGCCGGUGCGACGCUGUACGGAGGCGAGCUCGCCCAGGCCGCCGCCUUCCCCGACCUAGAUCUGAUCCGUGAGCUCCUGGCGCGCGGGGCUGACGUCAACGAGACCGACUUCCGCAACCGCACCGCUCUGCGAAACUGCAUCAAUUUUCGGAAUUUCAAACUCGUGCAGCCGCUUCUCGACGCAGGCGCUCGGCUCUCCGGCGCGGAAAUGGCGUCCGCGUCCGAACAGCGAAUCCUGGAAGCAGCCGCGACCAGCAAAAACUGGGACAUGCUGUGCUGGCUCGUGCAGUCGAAGCAAGGCAUGGGAUCGUCUUACAGUUCUUCCGUCGUGUGCGCCGCCGUCUGCUCCGGGCUAGGCUCCGCCGAAACGUGGGAGGCCACGAUCGACACUCUUCUUCUUCACCGGCCACCAAGCAUUCCGGUGGACCUCAUGGAAGCCACGGCCAUGGGCUGUGCCGCCGUAUGUGGCCACACCGCCCUAACCACAGCGUUGCGGGCCAUCGCCCUAGGGCAUCGCCGGCAACUUUCCAACUUGUACACCAAGGCCUUCUGGAACAACCCCAGAAACCUCACCACCUCCACCCUGACGCCGGCGAUCGUAGCAGGAAGAUGGAAAAUAAUCGACGCGCUCCUCGACUCCGGAUGCCGGCCAGAUAAACUAUCGCUCCUCGCAGCGCUCGAGUUUGCCUUUAUCAGACGCUGGGAUAGGGAGGAGUGGUCUCCCGAAAAGCUUCAGGAUCACACUGAUAAAACGCUACGUCUCGUCACUCGCUUGACGGACGUGAUGGAGCUCUCGGACGUCGACCAUGCCGCGGAUCCGACCCUCGGCACGCCUCUACAACUGGCCGCAAAAUUUAAAAGACCCGAUAUCGUCCGCCACCUCGUCUCCCUCGGCGUCGACGUAAACAAGCCAGCCCCCACAGGUAAAGGCGGCAUUAUAGGAAGCCUGCUGCCCCGCACCGCCCUUCAAGCUGCGGUGGAAGUCGGCGACUCCGACAUGAUCGAUCUACUCCUGCUCGCGGGCGCCGACAUUGGCACCGCGCGCAGGCUCAUCUCCCUGGGCGCCGACGUCAACGCACCGGGCGCCGCGUUUUACGGGCGAACCGCUCUUGCCGCGGCGGCGGAGCGAGGCCGGCUCGACACCGUCAAGUUCUUGCUGGAGAUCGUGGCGAAUGCGAGCGGGGAUGACGAGGAUGGGUAUUAUCGGGCCGUGUGGCUCGCGAAGAAGAAUGGGUAUACUUCGGUCGUUAACGUGUUGCGGGAGUGGAGGACGGUGCAGUGCGGUGAGGAUCACGACUCCGAUGUGUCGUUUUACGAGAGUAGUGGCUAUGGGAGUGAUUGA